GAAAAGAGUUGCAUUUAAACAUGGUGAUGUUAUAUUAGGCAUGGAUGGAAGGAGAUACCGGCUCCUCAGUGGAUCUCCAGGGCCUGUUGGGCCACCAGGGAGAACUGGGUGCGCAGGCAAAAGGGGCUAUAUUGGAUACAAGGGUGAUAAGGGUUCUAAAGGAGACCAAGGAGCCGAUGGACCAAGAGGUAUACCAGGACCACCAGGUCCACCAGGACUUCCAGUCCUCUACCUUUGGAGGAACACAGAGGAGGAUUGGGCUACGUUUAAGAGAACAUCUUAUUACCAAUUGCUCGCAGCUGGAUGGCCUAGACAGGCAGGACACCCUGGACCAAUGGGUGACACAGGGAGACCUGGUUUACCUGGGUUUCCUGGAGAUCCUGGUCAGAUGGGACCACCAGGCAUAAGAGGCGAAAUGGGUGGCAUUGGACCAAAGGGUGUUCGCGGCAGAGCAGGAACUCAAGGAAGAGAUGGAGAGAAAGGUCCGGAUGGGGUGACAGGAUCUCCAGGGGUUCCUGGCUUACAGGGUCCUCGCGGUUAUAAAGGUGACACAGCGCCCCCUGGUGAGAAAGGAGAUGAGGGUUUUCCUGGUGCCCCUGGAAUCAGAGGAGACAAAGGACAGACUGGCCAGAAGGGCUCAAAAGGAGAUAUUGGGUUUACUGGCUUUUCUGGCCCUUCAGGACCGGUUGGUUUACAAGGUGUUCAAGGGAUUCGUGGACCACCUGGUCCUAAGGGGGAUCCAGGAAAUGAUGGAAAACGUGGUCCUCCAGGGACAGUGGGAGCACCAGGUGCUACAGGAUUGGUUGGGGCACAAGGUGUUAAUGGCUCAGAAGGGGAUGCUGGACCUGCUGGCCCUGUGGGGCGGAAAGGCCCUCAGGGGCCUAGAGGGAUCGAGGGAGACAGAGGCCCACCUGGUGAUCCUGGAUCCCAGGGUCUUCAAGGUCAGGCGGGUCCACAGGGUCUCAAAGGUGACAUAGGGCCAGAGGGUCCAGCAGGUAACAGAGGGCUACAAGGCAUUGAAGGGCCCAUGGGUACAACUGGAUAUCCAGGUCCAAAAGGCAUUCCAGGUGUCACAGGCAGUAGGGGACCAGAUGGAGAGAUGGGUGACAGAGGACCAAAGGGGAAAAAGGGAUCAUGGGUCCACAGGGCGAAAAAGGGGCCAGUCAGGCCUCCUGGUUUACCUGGUGUCAAAGGUCACCCAGGUACUCCAGGUAUUCAGGGUGUAGAUGGUGAAGUGGGUCCUCAGGGAACGCUUGGAAAAGAGGGUCAAAAGGGCAGCAGGGGUGAACCUGGUGUUAAAGGAAGAACAGGACUCAGAGGAUCCAGGGGUCGAGCAGGCCAACAUGGUUCCCCUGGUGUACCUGGAAUAGUGGGUUUACGAGGCCCAGUUGGUGCCGAGGGACCAGAAGGAAAGCCUGGUACACAGGGUGUUUCUGGUUCUGUUGGAAGCCCGGGGGAUAAAGGACCUGAUGGCCUGAAGGGCGUGACUGGAGAAGCAGGAAAACAAGGCCCUCCUGGCUCACAGGGCCAACCUGGACAACCAGGCCAAGAUGGCACUCGGGGUCCUCCUGGUGAGAAGGGCUUCACUGGUAAACCAGGCAUUGCAGGUGCUCAAGGGCCUGUAGGCAUGUAUGGUUAUCCAGGAGCCACAGGCCUUCGUGGGCAGCCAGGUCACAUUGGAGAGAGGGGUGAACCUGGCAUCAGGGGUCCUCUGGGUCCACCAGGGCAAAGAGGGCUACCUGGUUUACCAGGUCCGGCUGGUGAGAGGGGCUCACGUGGACCACCGGGUCACCAAGGGGUAACAGGACCCGCUGGCUUGCGAGGAUUGCCUGGGCCCUCGGGAUUCCCAGGGGUUGAAGGAGUAGCUGGAAAGCAAGGCCCCCAAGGAAGCCAGGGGCCUCGGGGACCACAGGGAAAACAAGGAGCGAUUGGAUUGCCAGGUUCACCGGGAACAAGUGGAAUGGUUGGUCAAGCAGGAGAAAAAGGAGGGCAGGGAUUGCCAGGACCUUCAGGUGACCCUGGAUCUGUUGGAUUGAAUGGUCCACAGGGCCAUCCUGGUCCAGCCGGUUUUGAGGGGCCAACAGGGCCAAAAGGAGAACAUGGAUCAGCUGGACCUACUGGGAAGCCUGGUCAAAAUGGCUUUCCGGGAGAACAGGGACCUCAGGGCUCUCAGGGAAUACGGGGCACACCAGGACCGCGUGGAAAAGAGGGAGGUAUUGGACCUCCAGGUGAUAUUGGUGACCCUGGGCCUAAAGGACAAAAGGGUGGCCCUGGACUUCGAGGAUUCUCUGGACGACAAGGCCCAUCUGGAUUUUUGGGGGACAGAGGAGAGAGAGGACUGAAGGGGAAUAAAGGCUACACUGGACCACUUGGUCAGAAUGGAUUGAUGGGGAAGUCUGGUCCAUCGGGUUUGAUGGGUCUAGAGGGUUUGAUGGGCCUUCGGGGACCACCAGGAGCAAAUGGUUCUCCAGGCCCAAAGGGGGAAACUGGAUCACCUGGGGCACCUGGCCAUCCUGGAGAUCAAGGCAAUCGGGGAAUAGCUGGGCAGAGAGGCUUAAAAGGGGUUAUGGGGAAGGCAGGACCUCAGGGAGCCUUGGGUCCCAGAGGCCCCGAGGGCUUAUUGGGUCCAAAGGGUGUGCCGGGACAAGAGGGACCUAAAGGUGAACCAGGAAGGCAAGGACCUCCAGGGCAGACGGGACCACCUGGCCCUCCUGGUACUGAAGGACCUUCUGCAUUACCAGGAAAUGAGGGACUUCCAGGAGAAAUGGGACCUGAUGGCCCUGUCGAUUCCCACCAGGGCCACAAGGUCUAAUUGGCAAAUCUGGGCCUCAGGGAAGGCAUGGACCGAAAGGUCAGAAGGGAAAUGAUGGUCUGGAUGGACCUCCUGGAAAACCUGGGCAUGCUGGGAAGAGAGGGAAAAAGGGAAAAGCUGGUCAGAGGGGUCUUAGAGGACCUAGAGGGGAGAAGG